AUGGCUUCGACGGAUGCACGUAUCCAGAGGUCUUCUGUUACCACCUUCGUUUACCCGCUUCUUAUUUUCAUCUCGUUCAGCAUCGUGUCUUCAAAGCUGGGGCGUGGAGGGUCUGGAUCAUCCGAGUCUCUGGUCCCGCCUUUGAUUCGGUAUGACCAGCUUUCCUCCACAGGCUCUUUCUGCGACCAACGAUCCGCAGAAGGUCACGUCGCCAACGUCCCCUCGGCCAGGCCGUCCCACGCUCAUCGGCCCGAACAGUCAUGUUACUGGGUCCAUAUUCUCUUGAAUGCCAACCCCUCCAUUCUUCGUAUCUAA